AUGCCCUCCCACACCGAGUCCUCGCCCCUCCUCCCCCUUCCGAGCCCCGUCUUCACACCAACCCGCGUAUACUACCUAGACAACCUCCGCACGGUCCUCGUCGCCCUCCUUAUCGUGCACCAUGCUGCCCUUACCAGUACUGCCUCCGCUUCCUCUGAAUCCGGGUCCGUCGAGCGUAGGAUUGAGCAGAGGAUACUGGGUGUAUUCACGACUACGAACGAGGCGUUCCUAUGGAGCGCGUUCUACCUCGUUUCGGGGUGUUCUAGUUCGCUCGCACAUGCGAAAGCGAGCGGGAACACGAACGCGAACGAAAACGCAAAUGGGAACACAAACAGCGCGAACGCCAACCCAAACCCAAACGCAAUUUCAAACGGGUCCACGAACCCCACCACCCCAAACACAAACACAACCGCAAACCCCCAUCUAACCUUCCUCAAAGACCACCCCCUCCCACACGCCACACACGCCCUCGUAUGGUCCACCCUCGGGCGCACAGCUCUCGCCCAAGUCUUAACAUCCACCUCCGCCGGCCAGGCGAUCUUCGGGGGCCGCAAGCAGCUGGAGGCGCACCUCUCCGGGCCGGCGGCAUACCUUGCGUUGCUCGUGGUGUUGGACUGUGUCCAUGUUUGCGUGCGCGCGCUGCGGCUGGGGUCGGGGUCGGGGACUCCGCGGAUGUGGGUAUCAUUGACGAGGGUCCGGGGGUGGGGUGGAUUCGUCGUUGCGCUCGCGGGGGUGGGGUUGGUGGUGUGCACGUACCUCAACGUAACAGAAGGCUGCACCGGAACCUUCAAGUUCCCCGAUGUGCUGGUAUCGGCACUCGACCGCCCCCUCCCCGACGCCCCGCUCUCGUGCAUCAUCGCAUACACAAUCGGCGCGCACUGGCUCACGAUCAAAGCUUCACUAUCACCAACUCCCACUCCCAUCUCGCGCUUGAUCUUCCCCUUCGUCCUAGCCGCGUCCUACACUUUCCUCACCCUCUUAUCCCUACUCUCGCCCUCUAUCUCGCGGUACAUCCAACCCGAUCGCGCCAAACCUCCUCUCGCUCUCCCUCCUCCCUCCUCCUUGACCCCCGUUCCUCGAGGCCGCACACUCCCACACGCAGGCCCGAACGCCCACACACUCGCCUUCAUCCUCUGGGACGUCCUCACAUCCCUAAUCCUCCCCCUUGCUCUCCUUUGGCUCUUCUCCUCCUCCUCCUCCGCCUCCCUCCUCCGUCGCCCAUGGGCCGUCCGAUCCCAAGGAACAUGGAAGAAGGGGUACGCGCUUACGUAUGUGCAUAUGGUCCCUGUGCUGGUGGUCCGGAAGGUGCUUUCGGGGGUGGGGAUGAGGAUGGGUGAGCUGGUGCGGGUAGGAGUGGUCGUGGCGGUGGCGCUCGUGAUGGCGUGGGGGGUUGUGAGGGGUGUGGAGGUGGUAGUUGGGCGGGUUGUGCGGGUUGUGGGAUUGGUUAGGCGGAGGUGGAGGUAG